CGGCGAGCGGAGGUUCGUUGUAUGUCAUCGCUGAUGAAGUAGGGAAUGGUCACAGAAUGGAGACUUUCUAUGUCAAACUGCUGACACAAGUUCCUCGUCUCCAUCUGUGGGCGGCAAGUUGUUUCCACCUAAACGCACCCGUCGGCUGGCAAGUGGAAAAUUUAACCAGACCCCUCCGCUCUCCUCCGGUCGUCGUCAGGGAAGUCGAGCAGGACGAGAUGAUCACUGAGUACUAUGCUGUCAACCCGUACAGUGAGCGAGAUGUACCCGACCACACAGACGGCCAGCCAGUCAAACGACUGUAUCACAGAGGUCAGGGUCACUCAGGUCGCUGGCCAGUGGACUGUGUCACGUGCGGUCGUGAUGUGGCCAGCUUCCUACACAGUCUCCGUGUUGGUGUUACAGAGAGUGGAAAAAUAUCUGCAACGACUACCCCAACCAGCGGCUGCUCAACACCACCCUGUCUACAGUGGAGAGAUGUGCUGGUGUUGUACAGUCCUUGCAUGAGGUAUAACUCGGGUGUGGUGACGGGACUGCGAGAAGCGGGUAUCCCAGUGCGGGUGAUAAAGGAUGCUGACAUCGAGGACGUGGCCACGGCCCGCAGUGACGUGGUGUGGGUGGCGGAUGGACGUCGUGUUCGUCGUCUGGAGAGAAAAGUCGUCGUCUGUCUGCAGGAUCCUAUGUUUUACUUGUAUACCUCUCCCCGACUUGACCUCAUGUCCCGCUGUAUGUCACAACUUGUGAUUGUCUCACAUGACCACUAACUCACCUGUCACCUGUUGUAGUCACGUGUCUGUCUCCCUAACAUUAACACUUAUCUUCAGUGUUUAUUGUCUUCUGCUCUCAGUCUAUUACCUUAGGAUGUCAUACACAUGACGUCACGAUAUUUUCUCGCAACUAAGGUGCGUAUCUCUGUUUACAGAACAACUAGUGUCAACAACAACCGUCUUUAGGGUACUGAACCCUCGUGGUUUAACCUCGACUAGACGACGUAUGAUAUCUUUUUUAAUGUGUAACUUUUAUAGACCAAUAAGACAAGAAAAAUGUGGAGCGAUACUGCGAUGUAGUUAGCAGUUUUACCGACUGACCAGCGCCAUCUUAAUUGCCGUCUGCGAGAAUCACGGAUAAUUUUUGAUUUACACAAUGGAUCAGGUACAGGGGAAAAAAGUAAACAAAGUUGUUUUUGAAAAGCAGGCUGAAUGUACAAAAAUCUGAACUCAUUCUUCUCUCAGUACAACCUAAGUCUAUUCCAUUUUGCACCGGCAUUCUUCCAUUUUUUUAAAAUUAGAGAUCAUUGACCCGGCAACUUAUACUGUCAGGGUUAAAAACAUGGAGUAGCUACAUCACACACUAUGUAACUGUAACAUUGGUGUCCGUCAGCAUUUUUCCAGUUUAAUUAACUUUUUAUUAAUGUACUCUGGCUAGAAAUUUCACUGCACAAAAAACGUCACUGACAUUAAGAUAUAAAGCGGACAACAAUACCUUUUUGGUGCACAGAAAAAAAACCGCCAUUAUGUCCGCAUCAGACUGUCCCUCACACCACACUUUUUGCAGUGUCCCGGCUUCGUUGUCCUGCCUUACGAAUAAGGCUCAAGGUCUUUCCACAGACGUGUAUAGGUGGAUUGCUGUCUGUCUGCCAAGACCAACGCUUAGCCUCUUGCGAAGUUCUCGGCUGUUAGUCUCGGUGAGCCGUAACAAAGAAUGUGGCUAAACAGGAAGCUUUGUAG